GUCGAGUCAGCUCCAAAAUGCAGCAGCUCAUCCUCCUGACGUCCUUUUGGACCAUCUGCACAGGAUCAGCAGAUUGGUGCUAUCUGUCAUUCACCUGUGAUAAGCAGUGCAAUACACCAGACAAGUGGGGCCACGCCAACAGCGACUGUGAUGGACACCACCAGUCGCCCAUCAACAUCGUCACCAGGAAGACUUUGAAAGACAACCGACUGACUCCUUUCAUCUUUACCAACUACCGGCAGAUCUUCAGUGACUCAAUCAAGAACAACGGACGCUCAGUCAGGGUGGGAGUUCCUCACCUCAGCACCAUCUCAGGUGGAGGCCUCCCGACCACCUACAAGGCUGUGGAGUUCCACAUGCACUGGGGCAACGACGGAGAGGCCGGCUCCGAACACACCAUCGAUGGACAGCAGUAUCCCAUGGAGCUGCACAUUGUUCACAUGAAGCAAUAUUACACUGAUCUGACAACAGCACUAGAAGACCCAGAGGGAGUUGCAGUCCUUGGGUUCUUCUAUGAGAGGUCCAACAGAGUCAACCGAAGGUAUAAGCCCAUCAUCAACGCUCUGCCAACCAUCACAGUUACAGAUAGCGAACUUCCUCUGCCUUCCAUCUCACUGUCACAACUGAUCCCACCUGAGAAGAAUCUGACCAGCUUUUACCGCUACAAGGGCUCUCUGACCACCCCAGAGUGCAAUGAGGCUGUAAUUUGGACUGUGUUUGAGAAUACCAUCCCUCUGAGCAUGAGUCAGCUGCAGCUGUUCUAUGAGCUUCAGUUUGAAGAUGGAACGCCAAUGGUGGGGAACUUCAGGCCGGUCCAGCCUCUGAACGACCGGCAGGUGUUCUGGUCGGGAGGCAAUGUGAUCCUGGUCAGUUCCACCCUCCUCUUAGCCUCCUUCGCCGCGGCCUUGGGACUGUCCUAACCCAACUAGAGCGAGGCAUCCUGUGCCGCACUGCGACAUCCAUGAAAACAAUAAAUUCAGUUUCACGCCUCAGCUCAA